AUCACUACCAACUUUGUCAGCCAUAUUGACUGUCACUGUGGGCACUUUUGCACGGCUUGGCGGAGGGGUCUCGGCCGUAUCAGUGAACUCCGUGUCCGGUAACCAUCGCCGAAGAGGACGUGGUGGGGGGGAGGUGGACGCUGCUAUUUUAAGUCGCUGUGGAUAUAUAAAGCCGGGCAGGCAGAGGAGGAAGGAGGAGUGCUGCUGGGCUGACAAGCUAGCAAGCAUCCUUUUACCUUGACGCAGCGGCGGUGCUGGUGAGUUGGACCUCACCUCCUCAUUUCAACUCGUUACCUCAAACAUUGUUCGCCUCAGCCAGGUUCUUGAUCACUGCGGGGACGGGAGGACGGGCGCUGGUGGCCCUGAGAGAGGCAGGAAGACGGAGGACGACUUCUUUCUCUUUUCUAAGCAUCAGGGCAGAGAGAGGAUGAAGAUGCCCAAGCCGACGAACGUCCGUGUUACCACCAUGGAUGCUGAGCUGGAGUUCGCCAUCCAGCCCAACACCACAGGCAAGCAGCUCUUUGACCAGGUGGUGAAGACGGUGGGUCUGAGGGAGGUGUGGUUCUUUGGCCUGCAGUACACUGACAGCAAAGGCUACGUGACGUGGUUGAAGCUCAACAAAAAGGUGACGCAGCAGGACGUGAAAAAGGAGAACCCGCUGCAGUUCAAGUUCAGAGCAAAGUUCUUUCCAGAGGACGUCUCAGAGGAACUCAUCCAGGAGAUCACGCAGAGACUCUUCUUCUUGCAGGUGAAGGAAGCCAUACUGAACGAUGAGAAUUACUGCCCUCCUGAGACCGCCGUGCUCUUGGCCUCCUAUGCCGUCCAGGCUAAGUAUGGAGACUACAGCAACGAUGUCCAUAAGCCUGGUUACCUGGCUGCAGACCGUCUGCUGCCACAGAGAGUUCUGGAGCAACACAAGCUGACAAAGGAGCAGUGGGAGGACAGAAUACAGACAUGGCACGAGGAACACAGGAGCAUGCUCAGGGAAGACGCCAUGAUGGAGUACCUAAAGAUCGCUCAGGACUUGGAGAUGUACGGUGUCAACUACUUUGAGAUCAAGAACAAGAAGGGCACAGAGCUUUGGCUGGGUGUCGACGCCCUUGGGCUGAACAUCUACGAGCAUGAAGACAAGCUGUCGCCAAAGAUCGGCUUCCCGUGGAGUGAGAUCCGAAACAUAUCCUUUAACGACAAGAAGUUUGUCAUCAAGCCCAUCGACAAGAAAGCUCCGGACUUCGUGUUCUACGCCCCGCGCUUACGCAUCAACAAGCGCAUCCUGGCGCUGUGUAUGGGCAACCACGAGCUGUACAUGAGGAGGAGGAAGCCCGACACCAUUGAGGUUCAGCAGAUGAAAGCUCAGGCCCGAGAGGAGAAGCACCACAAGCAGAUGGAAAGAGCUCAGCUGGAAAACGAGAAGAAGAAGCGCGAGCACGCCGAGAAGGAGAAGCAGCGGAUAGAGCGCGAGAAGGAUGAGCUGAUGGAGCGUCUGCGGCAGAUCGAAGAGCAGACGCAACGGGCUCAGCGAGAGCUGGAGGAGCAGACCCGCAAGGCUCUGGAGCUGGAGCAGGAGAGGAAGCGAGCCAAGGAGGAGGCCGAGCGUCUGGAGAAGGAGAGGCAGGCGGCUGAGGAGGCCAAAGCGGCGCUCGCCCAGCAGGCUGCCGACCAGAUGAAGACACAAGAACAACUGGCUGCUGAAUUAGCAGAAUUUACCGCCAAAAUCGCUCUGCUGGAAGAAGCCAAGAGGAAAAAGGAGGAAGAUGCGACCGAGUGGCAGCACAAAGCCAUGGCGGCGCAGGAGGACCUGGAGAAGACCCGCGAGGAGCUGAGGGCGGCCAUGACGUCCCCUACGGCCCCCGAGCACGACGAGCAGGACGAGAGCAACGCCGAGGCGAGCGCCGAGCUGCUCAGUGACGGCGUCAGCAGCCAGCGUAGUGAGGAGGAGCGCGUCACCGAGGCGCAGAAGAACGAGCGCGUCAAGAAGCAGCUGCAGGUGGAGCGCCGUCACCUUCCGACGCAGCCACCUCACCCUGCAAAGCUCUCACCUCCUCCUGUCUGCCUCGCUUUCCAGGCUCUCAGCUCCGAGUUGGCAGAGGCACGGGACGACAGCAAGAAGACCCAAAACGACGUCCUGCACGCCGAGAACGUGCGGGCGGGCCGAGACAAAUACAAGACACUGCGGCAGAUUCGCCAGGGCAACACCAAGCAACGCAUCGACGAGUUUGAGUCCAUGUGAGGCUCCGCUGAAAGGAAAGGAAAAAAUAAACUCUUUGCUGCCGCAGAGACUCGGCCUCCAGGCUUCUGUAGCUUCGUCAAAGAUCUGCACAACGGCGGCUCGCCAAUCUCUAACAGCCCCCCCCCCCCUCCAACUAAAGCACAUGUCUUUUUUACCAGAAGAGAACAUCUGGACUUGCAUCAGGACUAAGUGACGCUCAGCCGGCUUCACCGUAAAGCUUUAAUGUCGCUUGCUAACUUUUAUUUCUUUCUCUUCUCGUCUGCUUUUGGUUUCUGUGUAGGACUCUUUGUUUGUAGUCUUUCCUUCCAUUCCUGUUCAUGUGGCACCUGCUCUGCCAGUAAACUCGUGCAAAACCAAACCCUCAGUCCUCCGCCUGUUUGCCUCACAAUUGCAGGUACCUACUCGCUGCGGGCGCAUUUCCAUUGGCAAAAUCAGGUACUAGCUGAUACUAUUUCAAGUCUCUGUAUCAUUUUAGCAUACACAGCUAGAAAUGACACCAGCAAACAAACAUGCUAGCGUUCGCUUAGCCUGCUGCUGGGUCAUAGCUUUUGGAUGCUGUCGUUUCAUACUCCAGUCUCCGCUUUUCUGCACAUCCUUAUCCUCCGCUAGGAUAAGAUUAGUAUGUUUCAACGUGAGGUCAUUACAGCCCCUCCGUUGUCGUUUGUUCCCACGUCUGUACUGACUGAUGCGUUCAAUGCUGCCUGGUUUUCACAGUUUAUUUUGUGUCUGCAGCAUCAAACCGAGCUGAGUGGUGCCGGCACCGCGCAGUGGACGACCCAAGUGACGGGGGCCGCUCGCUGGCAGGGUAGCUUGAUCUCUUCUUCAUCCAACACAGCUUAGGAAGCAUCGUCAUCAAGACGACCAGACCAGACCAAACAGGUGAACAGGAGCACUUUUUUAUUGCCAUCACACAAGAACAGUCAACUUGUGGGGAUAUGAAAGCUUCUUUUUUGUGCUUUUUCAUAUUUGGGCUUUUAUUUGAAGCACCUAAAGCUUAGGCCUUUUAUGAUGCCAUGUAGAAAGAAAAUAAUGCCCUGUCAGCACUUUCGUAUGGCAGCUUUUUUUUUGGCAUUUAAGAUGGAGCGGCCACAGUCCAAUAUUUUGGUUUGCUUAUUAAAACUGCCGUUAAGGAAAGCAGUCAAACCUUUUUGUGAGUAGGAUUUGAGUUAAAGCGCAGUAAAAGUGGAAAUACAUUAAAUGCAGCAUUUGCUGGGAGAAUUAUCAAUUAUUUUGAAAACGUUUGUAAUAUUUUAGCAACAUAACUUUCGUUCUGCGGUGGUCUUUAUCAUGAACAAGUGGUGGGAGCGAUCACAUUAACGAUAUGACACAUCCAUGCUCAAUACGUGCAUGUGUGUGAGCAAACGCACUCUGGGCUUUUUUACGUGGUGGAUUGUUUUCAGUCUUUCUAGUCAUCUCUGUUAUGUAAGGUGGCCUUUUAUCAUUAACAAAUGGUGCGCUUCCAUUGGUUAUAUGACACGUGUGAGCACAGUGUUCCCUCGCUCCAUCGUGGUUCACCUUUUGCUGACUCGCAGUUUGUUUGUUUCUUAAGCGCAAUUUUAGUUUUUUGUUUUUGUUUUUUACAGCAUAUGAACGCUGUUACAGGCGGGGCCUGGCCCUUUUAAGAAGAAUUGCAUUGUGCUUUUGCACGAGGAGGAGGCGUCUCUCUAUUCUCUCUUCUGUCUGCACCGCCCAUUGUCUGUGAUUGGCUGUAGACCGCUGUCAAUCCUUCGGUCUGUCUCCUGUUUUGGUGGCGGCUGCCAAACUAGCUAACCGUGUGAGCUGCUUGGUAACCGCCAAUACUGUAAACAAUAGAAGACAAAAAUACGACCACAGGAGCAAGAUGUUUUAACAAGGAUACAAAAACGCUGCAGCCGAACGGCGCCAGGGCGAGGCACGAUCAGAGGAGUGAAAACGUGUGAGUCACUCAAGAAUUUCUUGUGUCCAAGCAGGUCGAUCAUCAUUGAAAGUGUUUAAAUAAGAGAGAAAUGUGAGGAAAUGUUAAUGCCUGUCUGAGAAAAGUGUAUGGCUUUUACAGCCUUAAACCAUAUAUAAUAAUUAACAAAUAACCUUGGCUACUUUGCGGAUUUCACUUAUUGUGGGCUAUUUUGGGAACCUAUCCACCGCGAUAACCGAGGGAACACCGUGCUGUGGGCUUUGUGGCUUCUUUUGAGUGCUACUGUGUAUUUGUAUCAUGCAAGUUAAUAACUCAUUAUGUCACAGGUCUACAGGUGCUUGUGUGUGAACAAGCAUAACGUGCUUUUACUUUGUGGAUUAUUGGGAUAGACUCCAGCAUGCCCCCGCGACCCUAAAGAGGAGAAGCGGUAUAGAAAAUGGAUGGAUGGAUUAUUUUGAGUCCUUUUAUUUUCUUACACAAGCUGUUGAUCAUGCUGCACGGCGGCCCAGUGGGUAGCAUGUUGGCCACAUUUGGGUUCCAAUCUCCAUUGGGCAUCUCUGCACGCACGCGUACAUGCAUGCUGGGUUAAUUGGCGACUCUAAAAUUGCCCACAGGUAUGAUGUGAGUGCGAAUGGUUGUUUUUGUACAGGUGCGCUGCUAUCGACUGGCGACCAGCUCAGGGUGUACCCCACCUCUGGCCCAUGUCAGCUGGGAUAGGCUCUGGCAUACCACCGCGAUAAGAUGGCAUAGACGAUGGAUGGAAGCUGGUUAUCAUUAACUGGUGGGAGGAGCAAUCGUAUUAAUUAUACUGUAUGACCAGUCUACCUGUGUCUUUCUGUGUAUUUCUAUUAUGAACACAUGAAUAACUGGUGGGAGGAGCAAUGGGAUUCAUCGUGUGACACGUCAACAUAGUGCACGUUCUUGUGCGUGAGUUGUGUAUUUUUGGCUCGUGUCAAGUUUCUCCAUUUAUUUCUACUAUGCAAGGUGGGCAUCUCAUGGAUAACCGGCAGGAGGAGCAACGACAUGCAUGAUGAACAGAAAUGACCACGACAUUUGCAGACACGUUUGCCACUUUUACCACCUGACAUGAAAACAGUUUUUCCAUUAGAGUGUCCCAGUCGUGACCUACGACCUGCAAGUCUGCCUGAGACUUUGGGGAUUUCGAGCUCAAGAGUCAUGUUUUGUUGACGAGUGCCAACAUGACGCACCACUCGCAUACAGUCGUAAGAACACCAGCAUCUUCAUAGUCAUCAUCACUGGGAAAUGACAUCAUUAGUGGCUGGAGCAUCAGCGCGCACACAUGGCGGCGACCCCUGAGACGAAGAACGUGAGGACGUGUUUGUCGUCACGUGAACACCAACACACACUCUUAUGAAUAGCGGUUUAACCCUUUAAGCGCCGAAGUCGCAGAAUUGCACAAGCGACGUUGCUGAAUUGUUGUCAUUUGAAGUCAUGUCUGCAAAUGUGGUGCUUCAAUGCGAAAAUAGCGGCAUACGCGGGAGACUCCUUGGCAGAAAAUGCACUGCUAAUAGACAGAUAUGACCUGUGAAUACAACGACCUGGAUGAAUUAGAACAGGGGUGUCCAAAGUGCAGCCCGGGGGCCAUUUGCGGCCCGCGGCUGUGACCUUUAACGGCCCACCUCACAGUCUAAAAACGGAAUUUAACAAGGAAAGUUAAUUUUUUAAAAAAGAAAACAGCUGCAAAAAUGAGAAAAUCAAUCAAAAGUCAACAUUUUAAGAGAAGAGUUGUAAUCUCACAAGAAUAUCAUUUUAGUAGCAUGAAGUUGAAAUAUUAAAGAAGAAAGUUCUAUUGUCAAAAACAGUGAAUAAAGUUGUAAUUUUUAGAAACUUAGGUGGGGGGAAAAUGUAUAAAAGGGAUAAAGUCAAAAUAUGAAGAAGAAAAUGUACAAGAAGUAAGUAGAACUAUUUGGAAAAAUGUGUUUUUUUAAAAUCAACAGCAGAAAUUUUACCAGAGUAAAGUGAAAAAUAUGAAGAGAAAAAAUAGUUUCAAUUUUAUGAGAAUAAACUUGAAAAAUGAGGAAAAAUAUUUUAGUAACAAUGUUGAAAUAAAGAAAAAAUACAUUGUUUUAAAAGAGAAAAAAAUAUUCUGGGAAUAAAGUUAUAAUUACAAGAAGAAAAUUUGCAAGAGGAAAGCCGAAAUGAAAUAGUUGGAAAAUUAAAAAAAAAUACUAGAAAUGGAAAAAAACAGCUGUAAUCUAAUGGGAAUAAAGUCAAAAUAUUAAGAAAAAAGUCACAAUUUUACAAGAAUUCUCGUAUACUAAGUAUCAAAGUGGUCCUUGCAUCCUUUCAUUUUUCAGUAUUCGGCCCUCGCUGGAAAAGGUUUGGACACCCCUGAAUUAGAAUAUUCCCAGGCAUAAUAGAUACUUUAUAUCCAUCUCCAGUAUGUAAUAGCGGCUGAGGCAGCAGUGGUGUUCACGAUUCCGCUGUAAACGACGACGAUGAUGGCUGAGUAUCGCAAGUGGAUCAGAUAUGAAAGUGAUCCGGUAUCUCAAAUUCCAAGCCUGGUGAUGUCAUAAUAUGCAAAUUAGAUGACUACAUUUACUCCACAUUUACUCCCAACCUGAAGGUAUCCUUGGGCAUGAUAUUCAACCCCCAAAUGGUCCCGAUGCUGCGUCAUCAGUAGGCAAACCCGCCUACAGUGUCAAAGCGCUUUGAGUGCCUCGGAGGUGGAAAAGCGCGAUCCAAGUGAAAGACCAUGAUGAUUCUAAUUUACAGUAUGCCUUUAUCGCUAACCAUUUUCAAGCUACAACCUUUUGAAAGAGUACAGUAAUGUCAAAGCUGGAAAAAAACUCUGGCACCUAAAGGGUUAAAAAAAAUGUGACAAACUUUGUCACAAAUACUCAACAUAUCUUAUAUUCUCAUAUAAAGACAAGAACAUCGCCAUUGGAUACAAUUUGUAUCAACAAAGAACAAGUUUGUAGAUGCUGCAUGAGCGACUAAGUCUGAAAGUUAUUCAGUAUUUCGCACUGGAAACGCGGCCGCAAGUGCUUGGAAGCGAAAUGAGACCCGUAGUUGCUCAUUUAAAAAGCCUAAAUUAGAAGUAAAUCUGUCCAACAACCUAAUAAAAGUCAUGGCGCUAUGAGACAAUAUAUACUGUAUUGUACAGUAAUCCCUCAUUUAUUGCAGUUAACUAGUUCCAGACGUCACCAUGAUAAGUGAAUUUCUGCAAUUCCAUAUUUAGAAAUGGAAUAUUUUCCAGUUAGAGCAUAGAAAACCUAUUUACAAGCUUCCAAAUCCGUUUUUUUACCAUUAUUAGAGUGCUCUAGACAUGACAUGACACCCCUAUGGUCACCUUUACACUCCAAUAUAGUAGACAGAACAGAAAAUAAGCCAUUUAAGACGUAAAUACUCCUGCUCGUGUGUGUGCAGGCCGACAGGAAGUGGCGUGGGGGGUUUCAGCUUGGCGUGGAUUACGGCAUCCAAACCUACAAAAAAAAAAAGCCUUUUGUUCCGGCGAUCAAGUUUGGCGCUUGUGUGUCUCAGCGAACAUGACUGACACCUGGUGACCAGUGAAGAAUGCUACAUAUCAUCAACGUCCUUGACUGAAUGCCUUAUAUGUGUAUUUGAGUUCAUUUAGCCACUUUUAUGCUUAAAAAUGCUUCACUGAGGCAAAAAAUAUGUAACGUUUCCUUAAAUAUGCAUAUUUUUGACGUGAUUCCAACUGUAAUAAGAGUGAAGCAGUGAAAUUUGAAUUGGCGAGGGAUUACUGCAUAUACUGUAUAUACACUCGUAGGAUUUAUUUCUAACACAACUACUGCCUUGCCGUUGAUGGUGCUUUCGCUGUGGAUGGAUUCACUCAUGCACUUAAAAAGAACAACCAAGAAAAGGCAGCUGUGAGGAAUACAUUUGGAAUUGACCAACUUUGUGUGAUAUACUUUAAAAUAAAUAUUUCACUAAGGUAAACAUUCUUUGUUCUCUAACUUAGUCAGUGAAUUACUGCACUGAAAUGUAAUAGAAUGAUUUUGAUAUAUUAGGUAUUUUUAUUAUUUUACGGCAUGCAUUGCAUGAGCACAGUCUUGCGUGGCGUUCAUGUUGAACACAAAACUCUCGUUGGUGACCUCCGAAAAGACAAGUAUACUAAAUAAUCCUCACCUUACUGAGCUAUGGCGCCAGCAGCCUUACACAAUUGAACAAAAGUCACAGGAAAUCAAAUCAAACGCGAACCGGCUGGGGGUUUUGAUGGAAGUCCCCGCCCCCCCGCCUCCUGUUUGGCACCGACUGAGUUUCACUUCCCUUUUUUGGGGAAACCCGUGUCAUCUCGAUAUGGAACAUAAGUCGACUGGUGCACCGUAUUUGAGUGUGUUUUGUCAAGGAGCAGGAAAAGUCCGAGGUAGGCUUCAGUCACGACUUAAUACCCUGAUAUGAUUGCCAAAAAAGAAAAAAACAUAACAAAAAGUGCCCAAAUCAAAAUAGUAUAAAUAACUUAAAAGUAUGACAAAUAAAUAUUUGUUUCAAAAAUGCACCGUUACCCUUGAAAGCCUGGACUCACAAACGUGCGCAUCACGACCCCCAAACACUCCGAUCUUAAGUGCUGAAGUAGCAUAUUUUUGGAAAAAUGUCAGUUUGGGGAAAGAAAUAGCGCUGAUAUUAGGGAUGCUUUCACAUGAAGUCUCCUUUUUAAACCAAACAGACGCAAGUGGACCAAAAAGUCACUCAGCCGAAAACACACUUCUUUUUGGGUUCACAUUGCAAUUUCAAAGAGGAGUGACUUCUCUUUCUUGAUCCACUUCAGGUCUGAGGCACUACAAUGCAAGACGAGGCUAAGUGAGCCCGGAUCCAAGGAUUCCAAGCUAACCGAAUGCCGUUUCGGCGGUGUAGAAUGAGUUUGAUGGCUAAAAGGGACCAAGUGUGAAGGAGCUUGAAGUCUUCAGCCUGAAGUGGAUCCACCUGAAUGAUUACAAAAACGUUCAAGAACUCUCCUGCGCUUUCUCCUUCAAUAUGGCGGCAGCAAGCUCCUGAGCAUCUAUCAGGUGAGGGUUCCUGGUCAUCACCACCCUCACCAUAUCAGCUGGAAAGAUGCCACAGAGGUUAAGAUACACCCUCUCCCUUUGGUCCUGGUACUGACCCAUGUAGGAGGGCUCCUGUUGCAGGAUGGCGGAUGGAAGGGGUGGUUGCACCGCGAGGUGCCGUGGUGAGGAAUGUCUGCUCCAAGGAGAGGACCAGACUUUCUCAGGUCCCUCGGGAAGGUUCUCGAAGGGAAAGAGGUCAUAACAAGGUCUUGGGGGAUGCUGGUAGUGCUGGUCCCAGUUCAGCUGAUGCUGCUGCUGCUGUUGUUGUAGCUCUGAGUAGUUCCUCCUGGGAGGAAAAUGUGACCCUUCAUAUGCUCUGGUGUCCUGCAGCCUGUCUUCUUUCCAAAGGGAAUUUGUCAAACUACAGCCCAGAAGGGAUCCCUGAGAAAAUGUGCGAGCACUGGAUGUUUGGAGUGGACGUAUGAUAGGACCGAGGCAUUCACCUGGAUAUCUGCUCAGCACUGAAUGCUGAAGAUGAGUAGGUGGGAUGUGAGCGGAUGCAGCUUGGAAGGGAUGUAGAGGACUCAGAGAAGGAGGAUCUUCUGCAUCAAAAUCAUGUCUUCUGCUUCCAGUGUGGUGGCUCAGACCAGGAGGACUACGGCUAACAGGUCGGACGUACUGGUUGGAGCAGCAAUGAGGGGUGUGAUGAUGACGAAGCUGACGGUGGUGAUGGUGGCACGAAGCCUUGUCGUCAAAAACGGCAUCAGGAGAGAAGGUGUCAGAACCGACACUGCUGUCGCUGCUGCAGUCUGAGGGAAGAUGCCGUGCUUGCAAAUCGUCUGGGAGAAAGCGCUCUUGACUCUCCAGAGCGGGAAGACUGAGGAUGGAAGAGGUCUUCACCAUGGAGUUGUAGGCCAACACCGGACACUCGGAUUGAUGGUAACUUUCAGCAUGGCGUGGUGGUCUUGUGGAUCCCCCGAAUCCACCCCCAAUCCCUCCUGGAUAAUCCCAUUCAUCCAGGUUUCCUGAGAAAGAGGGCAUCCCUUGCGUGGGUUGCCCAAAAAUACUUCUACUGCAGCCGUUGCUGCCCCUGCGGGCUUCCACUUUGGACUGCACUCGAAGCUGCUCCUCCAAGAGAUCAGUGAGGGAGCUCAGAGGGCUGAACUGUUUCUUUGGGGUUCCCCGGCAGGACUCGGACCGAUCCUCUGCUUGGACUGACGUUUGGUUCUUCACCAUCAGGGCGUCUUCCACCUGGUCUUUACACGCCACUGAGGACAUUUUGGCGCUGGCACGGAGCUCAUCAGCUACAGAACGUUGAGGCUGGCUACCCCGUUCAGGGUGGUAGAACUUGCACUUGUGGCCGUAUGUACACUUCUUCCCUAAUGGAGGAACAGAGUCAAGGGCUUGUGAUUAGCGUGGCACUGGUACCGAACAGCAAAAACCUUUAUUGACUCAAGAGGACUCUAUCAUUUUUACCGUAAGGACACGGCUGCUUCCUGUGUUCCGGUAUAAUCGGUCUUUUCCUGAGGAAGUUCUCCAAGCUGGGUCCGUGUCGUCCGAGCGGGUCGUCUGGGGGCAUGAAUCUAAAUGUGCAGUCAGUCGGGUGAGAAGUUUAAUAAAAUCAUCAACCUUUCUUUGGGAUUCUUAGAAUGACACGAGACACUUUUGUACCGUAGACCCCCGGAAGGAACUUCAUACAAAAUGUGACGGUAAGGUUUUGCUUGUUGGCUAUCGCCACGUAUAUUUGUACAUGUAUGACAAGGCUCGCACAUGGCUUGUAGGAGGGUCAGGGGUUUGUCUUGCUUUCUUCCGCUUACUUGUCGUUGACAAAGGAAUACAUCAGCAGCCGCUGGUCGAUGAACUUCUUCCAUUCCGGUUUCUCAUUGGCCAGAUCGCGGUAGUUGUCGUUGGACACGAUGAUGCCGUCGGACUCGUAGGCCAGCUUGACGAUGAAACGGUCGUCGUAACAGACAACUCUGCGUCCCUGCACGCGGCGCGACGGCGUGAAGACCAGGAUCUUGUCCUUUUCCAGUUGCCGUAGAACUUCCUGGUCUGUGGACAAAGUUUAUUUGAGGAACGGUCUGAGACUUCACUGAAAGCUCGGUAUGUGCUUACCUGUGAUGAGAGCGUCCGGACGGGAUUGCUCCUUCCUCCAGGCAGGGACAAAAACAGUGAUGUCACGGUGACCUUGCUCCAGGAACCAAUCAACAGCCAGUUGGAUGCCUUGACAGGAGAACACUUCCUUAUUGCCAUGACUGAAAGAGUAGAGUGACAUGAAUGUAAAUCACAAGAAACCAACGUUUUCUAGUCUUUGUUGUAAUCAUGUUGCUGUUUGGUGAACCUGAAGACCGUCUUCUGGUUUGGCAGAAGACUUUCAAAAAUGACCUAUGACGAAUGUUAUAAAAGUGUUUUAUUUUUCCAGGUUCUGAUUUUUUUUUUAUGGAUUUUUCAAGUAAACUCGGAAGACACUCGGCCUUGUGAGAUGGUUCCGGCUGUUGAGGGCGACCAACUGCUUAUUCAGUGUAUCCACUUCUUCCUGCGUUUCUUACCUCAUGGCCACGUUGCUUCCGUCCACCACAACAGGCCGAAGGUUGUCUUUGUCCUCCAGCAGUUUGGACGAGCACAGCAGCCUGCAGGAGUCACUUGAAGAUGAGGAGGCGUAUGUUAGAGAGGAAGAAGGAGACUGUGCGCUUCCACUUCUGUGCUGCUCCACAUCAGCUUUGGUCCCCAGUUUGACCAGUUCUCCCAGGAUAUCAUUGAUGAGUGCAGCCGGGCCCAGUUUGUGAAGCACCAGCAGCACCAGUUCUUCAGAGUAGCCCAGUUUCAGAGCAAAGUCCACUUUGCUGCGCCAAUCAGUGGUAGCCUGAAUGUGAGGGGAUGUUUCCACUGGUUGGUUUGCCGCCAGGUCCAGCCUGGUGAGGGGUUCUCUGUUUUGAGCCUGGAGACGUUCAUCUUCACUUUCUCCGCUCUCCUCGGAGAAGCUGCUAAAGCUAGCGCUGCUGCUAUCCAAACUGCUGGUGCUGUCACUGAGGGCACCAGAGCCCACCGCUGUGACAUUCCCAGCUUUCUUUGCGGCGCCCAGACCUUCGGGUCGCUCAGCGCCUUCCACGUGGAGGUAGUCCAGAUCCAGCCCCAGGCCUGUCCCAUCCUCCAGAUGGUCCCUCAGGCCCAUGAAGCCCUUUCACACAUCCAGACCCACGCCCUCUGGGACCUCCAGGGCACCUGAGCCACCUCCCUGACCUUGCCACCGGCCUGUCAAUCAGAAGACUUACCUAGGAGCAGAAGAACAAAAUUUGGUCAAACUUUUUCAUGCAUUGCAGCCGACAGACAACCAUGAGGACUGAAGCUUUUCUUCGCUCGAACUGAGACGCGUGCUGACGGCUAUUCCUGUCAGCUUCGGCAACCGAAAGAGAGAAAAGGUUAACAUCUCCCUCGCUGGUUUGCUCCACGCUCAAAUGCUUGCUUUUGAAGUUGUGGAAAAACCCCCUCCCUCAUGGACCGUCCCUAGCGAGAUAGAGCCCGCUCUGCAUAUACGGCCACCAUUUUGCAAAAACAAAAAAGGCUUCUCUACACAUAUUAAAAUCAAGCUCUGCCGUCUGUCUCAGAUGUGAGAGUGUAUUUAGUUUACUUUGAACUUCUUCUUGAGUGUAAUGUUUGCACUGUAGCUCACACAGCUAUGCUAGUGUCGGUGUUGCUAACUUUGGCGUAUAAAAAGACGGUUGUACUGGAGGUUAGCAUAUCAAGCUAGCUUCCCAAAGUUGUUCCACUGCGUGUGUGUUGGUUCAGGAUUAUCUAUUUAUGUCACAGCGGGUUGACUCCUCAAACAAAGAGCGUUGUGUUGAGGAGGAGACAAAGAAGUGACCCCUUUUUAAAAAAGAAAACAACCCUCAUCUCUGCAGCGUUGUCACAAAGCCUCCUUUGAGUCCAGCCUCGGCUUGGUUUGUUUGGUGCAUCACCUCGAUCUGUCGCUUCCUGCCCAUGCAAACUAGCUCAAAAAUGAUGUGAAACACAAAGAGGAAGCUGCAAAGAGAGGCUUCCUUCCGCUUGCUGUGGAAAUCCCCUCAAUAGUAGAAAGUAUUCCCUACCACAAAGAGUAGCUGAAAGACUUCUCCACGUUAUUUUGUGCGAUGAACAUAAAUGUCCUCAACAACAAAGCUAAAGUGAGAGUGUGUGUUGUGGGGGUUGUGUGUGGGGGGGUUAGAAGUGUGUCUGGCUUUUCAAUCAAGCAGCUGCCAGCCAAUCUGUCUUUCUGUGAGGAAGUAUUGUUCCCUCAGCCUGGACGCUGUGCACAGACGGAGGCUGCAGGAGAUUUUUUAAGACCCAAACCCGCCCCCCCACCCCCACCAACACACACACACACUGAACUGGCUAUGCAGCUGCCAGGCGUCGCGGAAAUAUGACGCAGCAGCUUGUGCACAAACCAACGCAGUUUUUUGGGGUUUUUUUUGGUAAAAUUUUGUAAAGUCACAUCCAAUUCCAAUUCCAAACUAUGCGGGGGCCGCUUUUACUUUUUUUUUUUUUUUUUAAAGCAACCCAAACAAAAUAUUGAAUAUAAUGUGUAUAUACAUAUAUUUACACGUGUAAAAUACAUGUAUUCAUUUUAUCAGUGACAAAGCAUAUUGUUAUGAAUAGAAUUAUUAUGGACUGUUUCUCCUUACAUUACUUGUACAUUUUUUCCUCGUACUAAUAUGACUUAUUCUCUUAGUAUUUUGACUUUAUGAUGAUAAAAUUGUAGCAUUUACCCAAACUCAUUUUCCUAAAAUGUCAACUUAAUUCUUUGUUUGGUUUGUUUCUUAUAUUACUUUUUUCCUUUAAUAUUUCAACAAUUUAAUAUAAGGACUUUACUCCCUUACAUAUUUUGUCUUUAUUCUUGUAAAAUUGCUGUUUUUUUCCAUCUUAAUUUUAUUGUUUAAUAGUAUUUUUAGAAUGUGCUGAGGGCCAAUAAAAAAGCAAUGGCGGGCCAUAAAUGGCCCCCGGGCCGCACUUUGGACACCCCUGAUCUCCAAUAAUAAAGCCACAUUUGGAAUCCUAAAGUUGAAGGGUUUAGGGAAUGUUUGUAAUGACAUUCCUCCAUUGUUUCAAUGCUUUACUUGACUGUUUUUCCUUUUUGGAGACAUCUCUGCAAAAUGGUGGUUCUUCAAACUUUACACGUGCUUAUUAUGAUGUAUUGUAUUGCGUCUACAGUGAAGUAAGGUGCAAGUGUGGGAUCUCCCACACAAAAGUAGUACAGUGAACCUCUCAGACUGUGUUGUUUUUGUACAUAAAUAAAAAAAAACAGUAGGAGUGACGUCUCAUGAAAUAACUCAUCUGCUGAGCAAUAUCUGAUGGGGGCGGGGGUGCCGAGUGCCUCCACAGCGAGAGCAGAUGCCUCCUGGGUGACCCGCCUGCUUGCUCGCCUCGCCAUCACUGACCUCCCUCGGGGGGCACCCGGGGCUCCCCUGAGGCCUGGAAGCCCGCACAGGGCUCAGGCCUGCUGCACGGCUGCCGUCCGCACACCCAGCCUGGCCCACGGACCAGCCCACCAGGGACCGGCUGGAAGGGGGAGGGGGGUUUAGUUAGGUAAUACAAAAGCUGUGCUGGGGGACAGGAGGGGAAACAGAUGCCUACUGAGACCACAUGGGACCCCCACACUGAAAGCAUCCUCAUCCUCCUGCAACUGGUGGUGUGUGCGUGUGUGCACGUGCACUCACUUUCACCUCUGACGUGCACACACCCUCAGAUGGUCACGUCUGGUUCACGAACCCCCCCCCCCAGCCCAGCCCAGACCCCUCUAACUAAAAAUACAAGCUCAAGAAAAUGUUGCUGUGACCAGGUUGUUAAAUACUCCCGACAAUGUCCGGUGGGAUACACUGUGGUGGUCUACCGCCAUGUUUCCAUUCUUAUUACUGCUAUUCCAGCAAAUAGAUCCCUUUUUGGGACAAUGGCUUACUUACUUACAAAUUUUGGGAGCAUGCGUAACAUGCUGGUGACAAUGCACGCGUUUUAGUGGUCCUGGGUGGGCACCCCCAACCCAAAACCUGCUCAGUGGUGCCCCCAUUAAUGCUUAUAUUAUGUUUUAACCUGUUACAUUUACUUUUUUUGCUUGUGUAAUAUAUACCUGUAUAUAUUAUAUAUAUAACAUAUACAGUAUAUGUAUAUAUAUAUACAGUACAGUAUAUGUGUAUGUCUACAUAAAUAUAAAGCUAAAAGUGAGAAAAUCUGUGAGUGGCUGGCAAGCCAGUCUACGGUGCACCGUCUCCCCCUUGCCCAAAAGCCAGCUGGGAUAGGCUCCAGCAUACCCCCUAGCGAGGAUUAGGCUGAACAGGAAAUAAAUAAAGUGAGACUACAUAUAAAGCACUUAUUGGAAUACCGCAUAUGGCAAUUGUAUUUUUAUUCAAAAUCAUUUGUAUUGUUUUUUCAUUGCAUAUCUGCGUAAUAUUGUCCUUUGUUAUUAUGAAUGAAUUAUUAUUAAUAUUGUCCUAUAGCUGUUAAUGUGUAGAGCGAGAGAGACAAAUGCUUUAGUGUGGGAAAUCCCAACUUUCCUCGAGGUCACUGAAUUUAAAAAGAAAUUCAACAAGAAACAGGAAAUGGGCAUUUUGUGUAAAUGUAAGCCCAAAAAGCUAACCAAAUGGAUAAGCUCAUGAAAGGAUAUAUUUAGUUUUUAUGUGAUGGCUCAUUUGCACAUAAACGCCUCUGUAUUGUGUGGACGUACACAGCGCAUGCUUUGAAACGGAUAUAUUCCACCUUUCAUUUCAUACAAAAUAGUUCAGCUUUUUUUUUAAAUCAACUUUUGCCAAAUAUUCAUUUAAUCUCCCAAGAGCGUGGUUGAUGUUUACAUCAAAGAAGAGUUAUCCAUGUUAGUGUGUGCCAACAAAAAUGAAGACUCACCGCACAAGCGGGGAGAAAGAUCACUUGCUCCUAAAGUGUCCCUUUGAGGAAAAAUAGAAUUUCCCAGUGAAGGAGGUGAUCGGGUGCUUGCUAGAACUUUCCAGGAGUCUUCUAGCAAGCAACGAGAGUCCAGUCAGUGUCCGUCAGCUUUCCACGUCCACGUCCGUCCUUAGCGGCAGUCAGUCUUCUAGUGACUCGUCAGUGUUCCAUGUCCUCAGUGGACUCAUGGACCUCCACCACUCCUCUGUCUCCUCCCUCCUGUCUCCUCCCUGCACAAUAGAGACAGACGGGAGGGGAGGGGACCCAAAGGAUGGUCCUCGUCAGGCAGCUGUACACACACACACACACACACACACACCAUUACGCACGAAUAUGCAGACAAAGACACUUUUUUUUAAAAUAAACGAUAAAGCAAAGCCUUCAAAGUGGAACAAUUUGAUGACUUAACCAAAAUGUUCUGGAAAACUCAGCUUCAAAACUCAAACAAGUCUUGCAAGACUUCAGCCUAGUCAGCACUUUGCUUUUUCUUUGGCUUUUUGUGUGCGUGAGGCCACCGCAGAGCAAGGGUCCAAGUGAAGGCAAAGUGUGAUGAUAACCAUAGACCGGGACAUGGAAUUGAGUGACAGGGAAUACCAAUUUCAUAUCGAAAUGAAUUUUUGCGUGAAUACAUUUAUUGUGCACUACAAACACUUAUUAAUCAUAGCAGCACAUCUGAACAGGUGGCAGUAUUGCUCUGCAAACCCUCUCUGUGACGUGUCAGAGUAGUGUUACUGUGUUUUACUUUCAGCAUACAGUGAUUAACUUCUUUUUACAUUUGCGUGACAGUCAGGAAUGUUCAAGUGUGACAUAAAACAUUGCCUGUACUUGUAAAUAAAGCUUUUAUGAUGGCCACAGUUUCACGGGAACAGAUUAAAUUCACUUUACAUGAUUAGCUAUAUGGCGGGAAAAAGGUUUUGUAAUUACCACCAUCAUAGACUAUGACUAUCACACUAUCAUAGACCACCACCAUCAUUCUAGACCUCCCUCACCAUCAUA